GAACUUUUUUGACCCAAGCAACAUCGCAAAAUCGUCAAAUCCUCGUUUCCUUGCUACAGAACCAACGCCCUUAAAAAUCCUGCCUUCAUAACUAAGAAGAUAUGGGGGGCAAGUCAGGAAACAAGGCCGGCUACUUCGACAAGCUGAAGGGCUUGUUGGAGGAGUACCGGUCCAUCUUCGUCGUCUCGGUCGACAAUGUCUCGUCGCAGCAGAUGCACGAGAUUCGCCAGUCGCUCCGCGGCCAGGGCGUCGUCCUAAUGGGCAAGAACACCAUGGUCCGCCGCGCGCUCAAGACCUUCAUCGCCGACACCCCGGAGUACGAGCGCCUGCUGCCCUUCGUCAAGGGCAACGUCGGCUUCGUCUUCACCAACGCCGACCUCAAGGAGGUCCGCGACAAGAUCCUGGCCAACAAGGUUGCCGCCCCCGCCCGUGCCGGUGCCAUCGCCCCGGUCGACGUGUGGGUGCCUGCCGGCAACACCGGCAUGGAACCCGGCAAGACCUCUUUCUUCCAGGCUCUCGGUGUCCCCACCAAGAUCGCCCGUGGUACCAUUGAAAUCACGACCGACCUCAAGCUCGUCGAGGCCGGCGGCAAGGUCGGCCCCUCCGAGGCGACCCUCCUCAACAUGCUCAACAUCUCCCCCUUCACCUACGGUAUGGGCAUCACCCAGGUCUACGACCAGGGCAACACCUUCCGCGCCGACAUCCUCGACAUUGGCGAGGAGCAGCUCCUGAAGGCCUUCUCCUCUGCCAUCACCACCAUCGCCGCCGUCUCGCUGGCCAUCAACUUCCCCACGCUGCCCUCGGUCAUCCACUCGCUCGUCAACUCGUACAAGAAGGUCCUGGCUGUCGCCGUCGAGACCGACUACAGCUGGCCCGAGAUCGAGCAGCUCAAGGACCGCAUUGCCAACCCGGAGGCCUACGCCGCUGCCGCCCCUGCGGCUGCUGCGGCUGCCGCUCCUGCCGAGACCAAGGCCGAGGAGAAGAAGGAGGAGUCGGAGAAGGAGGAUUCCGAAGACGAGGGCUUCGGCGGUCUUUUCGACUAAAUGUGGCGACUUGACGGCGGUGUUGUUGAGCUGGCAACGUCAAUUUGGCUGGAGCAUGGGUUUGGUAGAACUCGACGCACGGCUCGAUAGGUUGAUGAUGGCCGCUCAAUUCAAGCACUCUGUGUCUGAUGGUCCCCUUAAUUCUGAGUUCGUUGUUCUUGUUGACUGCAAGUGCCUCGACUCGAUCUUUUGGCGCACACAGACCGUGAGGCUCCCAACAUCCAUCUCGACCUUAUGCUAC